AUGUAUACGGGUAAGAUAGUCUAGCUAUCUACAUUUUCAGAUAUUACACGUUUCUAAUUUUGACAGUCGUUUUCAUUUCAAGUUAAAGUGUACUGUUAGCUAGCUAGCUACUGUUAGCUGGCUGGCUCGCUAGCUAACGUUACAUGUAUGAUCUUAUUAUUCGUAUCUCAGAGCCAUUUGCUUUGCUAGUUAUAGCCUAAUGUUAGCUAGCAAACAUUGAACCUGGUUGGUUAUCUACCUGCAGAUUCAUGCAGGGUAGUAACGUAAUGAGUUGGGGUUAUGGUUCAUUGUUUAGCUAGCUACAUGUCUUAACAAAAAACUCCACUAUGCAAGUAUCAAUUUCAAUAGAAUGACACUGCGACAACAGUUGAUAGACGUAGCUGGUAAAUUCGCUCUGGCUAUCUACUCCGAUUUCAGAGCACUCUCGUCUGAGUGUGCCAGAGCGCAGAAUAACUGACGAAUUUACGAAUGCUCAACACCCGUUGAAAAUGGCCGGUGUCAGUAAACGUUGGCAAAAAAGCGUAAAUUGUUGCAAGCAGCACAGUUGCAGUCACCAAUGCUCUGGAUAACAUAAAAACAGCCUAACCAGCUCUGCUAGGGUGAGUAAAAUGGUCAGUGAGCUGUUCUCUCAUUUGUGUCUGGAAGUUGCUAGCAAGCUAGCCAACGUUACCUAGUUAGCUUGGGUGCUUGACUGCUGUUGUUAGGACAGAACGCUCGGAUCAACCCGUAGAGAGAUUGUUGGAGCUUUAAGAGGGUGUGAGCGAUGCUGAAUGGGUGUAGACAAAGAAGAGCUCUCCAGUAUGUACCAAAACAUUGAAAGGCCAUUUUCUCAAAAGUGAGGUUACAAGUUUAUAAACUUUCAAAGCAGAAUUACUUUCCCAUUGUUCCUCCAAUGCACUGUAUGAUAUACAAUUUUGUAGCUCUGUGUCUCUGCUUUUAUCCAAUGUAAAAAAAAAUAUUGUUACGGUAUUAAGACUAAACAGGAUGCGCUCUUAGGCCUACAGCUUGAUGGUGGUUAUACAAAGCUGCUAUACUAAGCCUACUAAUGAUGACAUUACUUAUUAUUAUAAUGAUGAUCAUAAUAGUAAUAAUAACAAUAAGAAGAUCAAGGGAAAAGGAGGGUUAUUAUUAUUAUUAUUAUUAUAAAUAUACUUUUCCUGACAAUUUGGAACAGUGUAAACAACACUAAAUAAAUUAUAAAUAAUACCAGAGAGGCUGGUCUAAUGAAAAAAAAGUGUAAAGCCUUUAUUAGAGCAUAGCAAAGAUUGUUUCUCCGACAUGUUGUGGUUGCCUGAGGCUUGGUGCUCACGGAAUCAGUAGGCUAUUAACCAAACACUCAAACAGGCAACAGAAGCAGGAUCUAGGGCGGCAGGUAGCUUAGUGGUUAAGAGCGUUGUGCCAGUAACCGAAAGGUCGCUGGUUCUAAUCCCCGAGCCGACUAGGUGAAAAAUCUGUCGAUGUGCCCUUGAGCAAGGCACUUAACCCUAAUUGCUCCUGUAAGUCGCUCUGGAUAAGAGCGUCUGCUAAAUGACUAAAAAUAAAAUAAAAAUAAUCUGUCUUAUUUCUGUAGAUACAGUUGAAGUCGGAAGUUUACAUACACUUAGGUUGGAGUCAUUAAAACUCGUUUUUCUACCACUCCACAAAUUUAUUGUUAACAAACUAUAGUUUUGGCAUGUCGGUUAGGACAUCUUUGUGCAUGGCACAAGUAAUUUUUCCAACAAUUGUUUACAGACAGAUUAUUAUUCAAGGCCUACCUCCAAACUCAGUGCCUCUUUGCUUGACAUCAUGGGAAAAUCAAAAGAAAUCAGCCAAGAAAAUGGUAGACCUUGUCUGGUUCAUCCUUGGGAGCAAUUUCCAAACGCCUGAAGGUACCACGUUCAUCUGUACAAACAAUAGUACGCAAGUAUAAACACCAUGGGACCACGCAGCCGUCAUACUGCUCAGGAAGGAGAUGCGUUCUGUCUCCUAGAGAUGAACGUACUCUGGUGCCAAAAGUACAAAUCAAUCCCAGAACAACAGCAAAGGACAUUGUGAAGAUGCUGGAGGAAACAGGUACAAAAGUAUCUAUAGCCACAGUAAAAUGAGUCCUAUAUCGACAUAACCUGAAAGGCCGCUCAGCAAGGAAGAAGCCACUGCUCCAAAACCGCCAUAAAAAAGCCUGACUACAGUUUGCAACUGCACAUGGGGACAAAGAUUGUACUUUUUGGAGAAAUGUCCUCUGGUCUGAUGAAACAAAAAUAUAACUGUUUGGCCAUAAUGACCAUCGUUAUGUUUGGAGGAAAAAGGGGGACGCUUGCAAGCCGAAGAACACCAUCCCAACCGUGAAGCACGGGGGUGGCAGCAUCAUGCUGUGGGGGUGCUUUGCUGUAGGAGGGACUGGUGCACUUCACAAAAUAGAUAGAACGUUAUGUGGAUAUAUUGAAGCAACAUCUCAAGACAUCAGUCAGAAAGUUAAAGCUUGGUCGCAAAUGGGUCUUCCAAAUGGACAAUGACCCCAAGCAUACUUCCAAAGUUGUGGCAAAACGGCUUAAGGACAACAAAGUCAAGGUAUUGGAGUGGCCAUCACAAAGCCCUGACCUCAAUCCAAUAGAACAUUUGUGGGCAGAACUGAAAAAGUGUGUGCGAGCAAGGAGGCCUACAAACCUGACUCAGUUACACCAGCUCUGUCAGGAGGAAUGGGCCAAAAUUCACCCAGGUUAUUGUGGGAAGCUUGUGGAAGGCUACCCGAAACGUUUGACCCAAGUUAAACAAUUUAAAGGCAAUGCUACCGAAUACUAAUUGAGUGUCUACGGACAAUUCCUUUGACCUCAUGGCUUGGUUUUUGCUCUGACAUGCACUGUCAACUGUGGGACCUUAUAUAGACAGGUGUGUGCCUUUCCAAAUCAUGUCCAAUCAAUUGAAUUUACCACAGGUGGACUCCAAUCAAGUUGUAGAAACAUCUCAAGGAUGAUCAAUGGAAACAGGAUGCACCUGACCUCAAUUUCGUGUCUCAUAGCAAAGGGUCUGAAUACUUAUGUAAAUAAGGUAUUAGUUUUUUAUUUUUAAUAAAUGUGCAUAAAUAUCUAAAAACCAGUUUUUGCUUCGGCAUUAUGGGGUAUUGUGUGUAGAUUUUAUUUAUUUAAUCAAUUUUAGAGUUACGGUGUAACUUAACAAAAUGUGGAAAAAGUGAAGGGGUCUGAAUACUUUCCGAAUGCACUGUAUACACACCUCUUAGUUGAGUACUAGGCCUACGUGUACAAAAGACACGUCACACCAGUCUUCAAUAGAUAAAAUUGAGAACGUUUGAGAACUUUAGCAGGUCAUUUCAAUUUAUGUUGUAGAAUACCUUGAGAAGUCUGCAACUGUUGUUUAGUAGCCUAAAUAACCUACCUGUGGUUCUGUACAUUUCGUGGAUAUUUCUCAAUUGUGUGUGUGUGUGUGUGUGUGUGUGUGUGUGUGUGUGUGUGUGUGUGUGUGUGUGUGUGUGUGUGUGUGUGUGUGUGUGUGUGUGUGUGUGUGUGUGUGUGUGUGUGUGUGUGUGUGUGUGUGUGUGUGUGUGUGUGUGUGUGUGUGUGUGUGUGUGUGUGUGUGUGUGUGUGUGUGUGUGUGUGUGUGUGUGUGUGUGUGUAAGGACUGUAAACAGGCAGAGGCCUACAGUGUUGAAGGUGUAGCCACCACACAGCCAGUGGCAGUAGUGCUAUGAAAGGGGGGCCUGUUACACACAUUGACCUCUAAACUAUGCCGCUGUGGUCUGAUAGGAGCUGCCAUGAGAGAGAUUACUUCAUAAGCUUGUAUGUAAAUCCAUUCUGUUCUCUUCUCCUCCCCUGAUGAAAUAGCACAUGGAUUUGCUACUCAUGUUUGGAGUUUGGGGUGUAAUUUGAUGGAUGUAGGCUGUGCGUUGCCAUGGUGACCCAGAGCACUGUUAUCCUCACUCUCUACUUCUCUCUCCCUUUAUCUCUCUUCCUCUCCCUGUCUCAGUGCCUGACGAUCUGAGUCCCGAGGAGAAACAGGAGUUGGAGAGCAUACGCCGCAGGAAACAAGAACUACUGCAGGACAUACAGGUAACAUACACUUCAGUAGCGGCCGAUGGAGCCUCAAACCAUUACUGCCAAAUGCAAAGCAGCUGAUUCUGUUAUUGAAUGUCAAUUUUCUCUCUCUGCGGUUUUAAUUGUUUAAACCUGAAAGAGCAUGUCCUGAGAAUUAGGACGACCUCCUCCACGCUGGGCCUGAUUUCUACUCGCACGGUAUGCCCUCUUCACUGGCCGAUCAUGAAAGCGGUAGAGAAGGAGAGAGGAAGAGGGAGGGUGCUGAAGGAACACAUUUGUCCAAUAGAGCGUUACACUCUAGAUCAGGGGUUCCUAACCGUUUUCCCCAGGGCCCCCUUAUUCACUUUUGUAGUAUUGUUUAUCGAGAUAGCCUAUAUUAAAUAUACCACCAGCUUGAUUUUGUUUAAUUUGAGGGGCCUAUGCAUUUCUGGGAGUUUUGAACCUAAUUUCCUGCAAUUCUACCUGGUUUUACAAGACUCGUGAUAUAUUUUAGGCAGGCUAUUUAAUAAAAGUAAUAAUAAUAAUAAUAAUAAUAAUAAUAAUAAUAAUAAUAAUAAUAGAUAAGGAAAACAGUCUAGAACCGAUUUCCCCAAAUGUUAUUCCACUACCAAAUAUGUUUUGUUAUGAUAAUUUACAGUGGGGAAAAAAAGUAUUUAGUCAGCCACCAAUUGUGCAAGUUCUCCCACUUAAAAAGAUGAGAGAGGCCUGUAAUUUUCAUCAUAGGUACACGUCAACUAUGACAGACAAAUUGAGAAUUUUUUUCUCCAGAAAAUCACAUUGUAGGAUUUUUUAUGAAUUUAUUUGCAAAUUAUGGUGGAAAAUAAGUAUUUGGUCACCUACAAACAAGCAAGAUUUCUGGCUCUCACAGACCUGUAACUUCUUCUUUAAGAGGCUCCUCUGUCCUCCACUCGUUACCUGUAUUAAUGGCACCUGUUUGAACUUGUUAUCAGUAUAAAAGACACCUGUCCACAACCUCAAACAGUCACACUCCAAACUCCACUAUGGCCAAGACCAAAGAGCUGUCAGACACCAGAAACAAAAUUGUAGACCUGCACCAGGCUGGGAAGACUGAAUCUGCAAUAGGUAAGCAGCUUGGUUUGAAGAAAUCAACUGUGGGAGCAAUUAUUAGGAAAUAGAAGACAUACAAGACCACUGAUAAUCUCCCUCGAUCUGGGGCUCCACGCAAGAUCUCACCCGUGGGGUCAAAAUGAUCACAAGAACGGUGAGCAAAAAUCCCAGAAACACACAGGGGGACCUAGUGAAUGACCUGCAGAGAGCUGGGACCAAAGUAACAAAGCCUACCAUCAGUAACACACUACGCCGCCAGGGACUCAAAUCCUGCAGUGCCAGACGUGUCCCCCUGCUUAAGCCAGUACAUGUCCAGGCCCGUCUGAAGUUUGCUAGAGUGCAUUUGGAUGAUCCAGAAGAGGAUUGGGAGAAUGUCAUAUGGUCAGAUGAAACCAAAAUAGAACUUUUUGGUAAAAACUCAACUCGUCGUGUUUGGAGGACAAAGAAUGCUGAGUUGCAUCCCAAGAACACCAUCCCAACCGUGAAGCAUGGAGGUGGAAACAUCAUUCUUUGGGGAUGCUUUUCUGCAAAGGGGACAGGACGACUGCACCGUAUUGAGGGGAGGAUGGAUGGGGCCAUGUAUCACGAGAUCUUGGCCAACAACCUCCUUCCCUCAGUAAGAGCAUUGAAGAUGGGUCGUGGCUGGGUCUUCCAGCAUGACAACGACCCGAAACACACAGCCAGGGCAACUAAGGAGUGGCUCCGUAAGAAGCAUCUCAAGUUCCUGGAGUGGCCUAGCCAGUCUCCAGACCUGAACCCAAUAGAAACAUCUUUGGAGGGAGCUGAAAGUCCGUAUUGCCCAGCGACAGCCCCAAAACCUGAAGGAUCUGGAGAAGGUAUGGAGGAGUGGGCCAAAAUCCCUGCUGCAGUGUGUGCAAACCUGGUCAAGACCUACAGGAAACAUAUGAUCUCUGUAAUUGCAAACAAAGGUUUCUGUACCAAAUAUUAAGUUCUGCUUUACUGAUGUAUCAAAUACUUAUGUCAUGCAAUAAAAUGCAAAUUAAUUACUUAAAAAUCAUACAAUGUGAUUUUCUGGAUUUUUGUUGAAGUGUACCUAUGAUAAAAAUGACAGACCUCUACAUGCUUUGUAAGUAGGAAAACCUGCAAAAUUUGUUGCACCUAUUAAUGAGAAAGCUGUACACACAGAAUACAGUACCAUACCAUAAUUUUGGAAUCUAAAAACCUUUUCCUGUAAAUCAACAGUAAUUUACUGGCUACUGUGCUGCCUGUAAUUUACUGUAAAUCAGUACCGCCCCACAGAAUACAGUACCAUACUGUAUCUUUGGAGCGCCAAAUACAUUUUGAACACUAGUGGGUGCAUGGUAUUGUUUUUUCUGGCUUAUUGACAUAUUUUGUGGCGUGCCUUGUAAGAGGCUAUAUUUGUUGCACCCACUACAUUUUACAUUUACAUUUUAGUCAUUUAGCAGACGCUCUUAUCCAGAGCGACUUACAGUUAGUGAGUGCAUACAUUUUUCAUACUGGCCCCCCGUGGGAAACGAACCCACAACCCUGGCGUUGCAAGCGCCAUGCUCUACCAACUGAGCUACAAGGAGUGCUGUACCAAUUUAACUGAAAUGUGGUAGUAGUUCCCUAAAAAUGUAAUGUGUAUAGGGGACAGAUGAGUGGCAACAAGUCUCAAACAUUUAAUGGUUGAGUGUUUAGCCAUGUCCUUUUGGUCUGUAGCCCUUUGUUAAGGCCUCUACAAGUGCAAGUGAUAUAAAACACCAAAUAUUAAUUGGUAUGCUGUAAUAUAUAAGCUCCUGAGUGGCGCAGUGGUCUAAGGCACUGCAUCGCAGUGCUAACUGUGCCACUAGAGAUCCUGGUUCGAAUCCAGGCUCUGUCGCAGCCAACCGUGACCGGGAGACUCAUGGGCGGCGCACAAUUGGCCCAGCGUUGUCCAGGGUAGGGGAGGGAAUGGCCGGCAGGGAUGUAGCUCAGUUGAUAGAGCAUGGCGUUCGCAACGCCAAGGUUGUGGGUUUGAUUCCCACGGGGGGCCAGUAUAAAAAAAAUAUAUAUAUAUAUGUAUUCACUAACUGUAAGUCACUCUGGAUAAGAGUGUCUGCUAAAUGACUAAAAUGUAAAUGUAAAAUAUACACUGUGGCCAGUUUAUUAAAUACACCUAGUACCAGGUCGGAACCCCUUUGCCUCCAGAACAGCCUGAAUUCUUCGGGGCAUGGCAUUUUUGCUCAAUUGGUAUCAAGGGACUAACGUGUGCCAGGAAAACAUUCCCCACACCAUUACGCCACCAGCCUGUACCGUUGACACCAGGCAUGUUGGGGCCAUGGAAUCAUGCUUACGCCAAAUCCUGACUCUGCCAACAGCAUGACGCAACAGGAACCGGGAUUCAUUGGACCAGGCCAUGUUUUUCCACUCCUCAAUUGUCCAGUGUUGGAGCCGCUUCUUCUUGUUUUUAGCUGAUAGGAGUGGAACCCGGUGUGGUCGUCUGCUGCAAUAGCCCAUCCGUGACAAGGACCCCGACGAGUUGUGCGUUCCGAGAUACCGUUCUGCACACCACUGUUGUACUGUUCCGUUAUUUGCCUGUUUGUGGCCCGCCUGUUAGCUUGCACGAUUCUUUCCAUUCUCCUUCAACCUUUUAUCAACAAGUUGUUUUCGCCCACAGGACUGCCGUUAACUGGAUGUUUUUUGUUUGUCGCACCAUUCUCGGUAAACCCUAGACACUGUCGCGCGUGGAAAGUCCAGGAGGCCGGCUGUUUCUGAGAUAAUUGAACCGGCACGCCUGGCACCAACGAUCAUACCAAGCUCAAGGUCGCUUAGAUCACUCGUUUUGCCCAUUCUAAUGUUCAAUUGAACAUUAAGUGGAUGCCUGUCUGCCUGCUUUAUAUAGCAAGCCACGGCCACUUGACUCACUGUCUGUAGGAGCGAACCAUUUUCAUAAAUGGGGUAGUGUACCUAAUAAAAUAAUUACACUGUUAGCAAUUGCUGUAAUUUUAUUACAGUACAGUUUAACAAUAAAAUACUGUUGCUGUUUUGCUGUAUAUUUACUGCUGCAUUCUGUAAAUUAUGGUGUUUUGUGAAAAGAUUUUGUAGGAAGGGAAAGAAUUGCUGACCUCAUUAACAUAUUUCGAGUCGUGGCAAUAUUUGUUGCACCCGUUAGUGAGAAUGCUGUACCAAUUGAACUGAUAUGUGGUCAUAGUGCCCUAUCAAUUCAAUGUGUAUAGGGCAGCAAGUCUUAAACCUUUACGUGUUUUGGCAAAUCCUUUUUGUCUGUUUUGUGCUGUAGUCACAGCCAGUUUGGAAGCCUUUGUUUAGCCCUCUAGAGGUGCAAGUGAUAUAAAACACAAAAUAUUCAUAAAUAUGUUGUAAUUUACAAAUACCUAGCAGCCAACCUGCUUGCACCAAUCUCAUGUAAUUACAGUAAAAUACUGGAAAAAUACCAAUAUUAUGAGUAUAGUAGCAUUUCUUACAGUAUAGUAGGUUAAUUCUACAGUUUUGUACUCUAUCGUUGCUCUGAUAUUACAGUAACUUACAGGAAGCUGGUGGCAAGUUCCUGUGAAUAUUACAGUAAUGUACUUGGCACUAGCCAAAAGGUAUCUUGUUAGAAAUACAAAAUACCUUGAAGGCCAAUGUAUCCUUAAUUACAACAAAAUUCUCAGUAAUGGUUACAGAAAGGUUUUACAUGCUAUGACGUGUUUUCUUAUCAACCUUAGUUUAAUGCACUGACUAAGUCGCUCUGGACAAGAGCGCCUGUUAAAUUACCUAAAUGUAAAAAUUAAAUUGCAAAGCACACAGCUGGGUAUUAUUCUGAGAUCCACCCUUAGACUAUUUGUAUUUUGAUCAAAUUAGCCCUAGUUCGGGGGCGGAGCUAAUUAGAAUGAUACCCAGGCGUGUUCUUUGCAAGUGUUCAUUUUUACAUUUAGGUAAUUUAGCAGACACUCUGAUCCACAGUGACUUACAGUCAGUGCAUUAAACUAAGGUACCGGUAAAUAAACAAGAACAUAGCACAGUCAUAGCAAGUAAAAAUAUUGUUACCGAGAAUGUUGUUAUAGUUAAGUGGGCUAUUUGCAAGUUUAUUUUUGUAUUAGGAAAUCAUGCAUUCUAAUUAAACUGUUACAAAAUACAUAAAUUGUAGUUCAGGCCAGUGAAAUACAAAUGACAAAAUAGCUAUUGAAACUAUUGAAAUACCUAUAUCAAAUACAUGGAACAGAAAUACUGCCCAUCGUUGGCACUAGUUGCCUGGACUGUAAGUCUGCAACAGUUUACUUACCACUGUGCUUCCAGUAAUGCACUGUAAAUUCUAGAAAUACAGCAUGUUGCUGUAGACAGGUGUUCCAGUAAUAUGCUGUACAUUUGUGUUUCAGUAGAUUUGAUGCAAUAACGCUAAAUGGAACGGUAGCCAGUAGGUUACUGAAAAUUACUGGCAGCACAGAAGCGGCAGGUAGCAAUAGUGGUUAGAGCGUUGCGCCACUAAUCAAAAGGUCGCUAGUUUGAAUCCCCGUGCCGACUUGGUGAAAAAUCUACUGAUGUGCCCUUGAGCAAGGCACUUAACCGUAAUUGCUCCUGUAAGUUGCUCUGGAUAAGAGCGUCUGCUAAAUUACUCAUUUUUAUAUUUAUAAGCCAGUAAAUUAAAUUCAUUUAGCAGACGCUCUUAUCCUGUGGGUGUGUGCAAACAUUAGUAUUAGUUAGUAUUAGUAUUGUGUUAGAGUUGAGUCUAUUGAUAAAGGAUGGUAGGGCCCCAGGGGGACUGAUGGGUAAUGGAGUGUGUAAUGUCCCUGUAACCAAGACUGGCGACCGUGGUGGUUUCCAUGGUGAGGGGACAGAAGCCGGGGCUGUCGAAAUGGUAACCCAUACACAGAUGAAGGAUACAUCAGUCAGGCGCUAUGUGUCUCAUCUCAUCUCACCCUCGCUCUCUUAUUCCUUCAUCCUCCCUCUCUCUGUUGCUCUCUCCACCUUAUUUAUCGCUCUCAAGUUUCUCUACCCCCCUCUGACUGUUCCUCCUCUCUCUACAUUCAUAAAAAUAUAUUUUCAAUACCCCCCCCCCUCCUCCUCUUUGUUUCGUCUCUCUGUUUUUGUGUCUUUGAUCUCAGUGGCUCUGAUUAGCCAGCUAGGGGCUUAGAUCUUGACCCGCCCUUUAACCUGACCCUGAAAGGGACUGUGUUUGUGUGUGAAAGGUAGAGGUGGGACCAAGUCACUAUAAUCCGAGUCACAAGCAAGUCUCAAGUCACAAGGUCCGAGUCCCAAGUAUAAUAGGUCAAGACUCGAGUCAAGUCCAAGUCGUGCAUUCUAAGAGCAAGUCAAGUCGAGUCAGAAGUUUUCAAGUCUUAAAUCAAGUUUAAAAAAGAUCUAUACAUGCAACGACUUGUUCAACUCCAAAUCUUUGUCUAUUUAUUGAGGCUACCAGACAGCCCUUUUCAUGAUUUAGUCUCCAACACAUUUUGACUAGCCUAUGUAAUUGUAAAAUAUGAACCUUGUAGCAGUCAUAAGGGCAUGAAAUCAGCAGAAGGCAAGGCAGGAUGACGUGCUCAGAGCGUAGAUUUAUUUACAGGUCUUGGUGAUCCAAUGGUGAAAGCGCCAUACAAAACAUACAAGUAGAUUUACCAAAUAUACACAGGCAAUAGCCCAAAAUAAAUAGCCUCAGGACAGGUUAAGCCUGAUACAAUUUGAACAGACACAGGUAGAGGGCAACGCUGUACAGCCUCCCCUUGAGAAAAUAUAUCUGUCUAACAGGAGCUUAAACAGGUAGGCCUACAUAAUAUAAGCACUUGGCCCCCAGGACCAUACAAUUACCCAAUUGGCAAUUACAACCAAUAAACUGGUUUUACAAUGUAAAUGGGAAUUUCCACAUCUAUUGUUACAUUGGUACAUUCGUCUUAAUCAGACUUAAUGAUUAUUAAUGAUAUUUCAACAACAUGCAUACAUGGAACAAUCCUUUUCUCUUAUUCAAUGUUCUGACUCCAAAGCGUGGAGCGAAGGCCACUGAGCACUAUGCGCUCCUAUUACGCACAACCAUAAUGGCAGAGACAAAGGACACAGACACACGGAACUCCGACAUAACCCGGAAAAUAUGAACGAAGGAAACCGUACAUUGAAUUAAAUAAACAGAACUUCUACCUCAUUAAUCUUGCGAACGUUCAUGUGCACUGUAAACAUUGCGCCCACUCAGAGUAGGGUACAAAAUGGUUGGCUAAAUGAAAAUGUAUUGUAGGCCUAUGAAACAGAAAUGUCUGUGUUGCAAUAAAUGGUACAGGGAUGGAAUGAUGAAACGCUAGCAAUUAUUGUAGUAUUGGAUGAAAUAUAGAUUGACCACAUAGGGCCUAUGUAUUUAAAUGUGUGAAAGCAACAGCAAACAUUUCAACAAGAGAAAAAAGCCCUCUCCACUGGUGGAGUUUGGCGAGCGCAAGUGAAGAACCUCGCCUAUGGUGCGUCUCCGCCACAGUAAUAAUUUAUUUUAACAGCAAAUUCCAAAUGCAAGCUUCAUAACUAAAUGAUCAAUUUCAAGCAAUUGUUACAUACCAAAAGACCAGUAGGCCUAUGCUAGUAAUUGUUGCUCCAUUGCUGGUGAGCUUGCAAAGUAAACAGUUCAUAUUCUUGAUCACCAAACAAUUUUUGGAGCUGCAUAUUUAUUUAUUAUGGCAAUCCUCUCUUCCUACAAUUUUAUGUUUGCGCUGCACCCGACCCUACAGCUGUAUGCUACAGCAAAUCAGCAAUCUGUUCGCUAGCUCAUCGACCUGUGUUGAUUGACAGUUUCGCUAGCCAAUCUAUUGCAGGUUUCUUUUGCAAGGGCGAUGCUGCGGCUACUGUCUCUGGCUGGUUGUAGAGUAAUCCACAUAGACUCCGUGCCACAAAGUGAGUGACGAAACAUUACAAAACCUGGCCAGAUAAUUAAAAGUAAUCAGUCUCAAGUCAAAGUCGAGUCCCGAAUGUUGAGGCUCCAAGUCAAGUCUCAAGUUAUUUUAUUUUCUAUCACGUCGAGUCUCAAGUCAUCAAAUUUGUGACUAGAGUCAGACUCGAGUCCAAGUCAUGUAACUGGAGUCCACAACUCUGGUGAAAGGGAGAGAGAGAGCGACAGAGAGAGUAUGAUAAAUGGGGGUAAAGGGUAGAUCUGGGUCAGGUGAAGGAGAGUAGGCUGGAGGGAGGGGGGGAGGUAUGGAAAGAGAGGGGGAGGGUUGUCUGGUUUGACCCUAGCUAGCAGCAGGUGCAUCAGUUCCCAGUGGGACCAUCUAUAGAAGAUUCCCCUACUUAGUCCUAUGGGUUGUGUGGGAGGAGUUGUCUCCACUUAGCUCCUCCUACACAACCCAUAGGACUGUCUCCACUUAACUCCUCCCACACAACAUAUAAAGUAUGUCUCCUGUCAGAACCCUGGAAACCCCUUGUUCAAAGGCAGAUAUUUCAGUUGGUUUACUUCUUGUUAACACACACUCCAUCUAUACACCAAUUACACAUACACCACAAACUUCUCUCACUCUUCUCUCUCUCCCGCCUUUAUUCUCCUCCCUCCCUCCCUCCCUCCCUCCCUUAGUGCCAUGGGUAUGAGGAUUAGCUGAGGCUGCAUCAAAGCUGCUCUGUGGGGUUGAGGGAUGGUCAGACAUCACGAGACAGAUGGAGUAAUGUGAUCUCACUGUACCAUACACUCAUCUUCUCUCUCUCUCUCUCUCUAGAGGCUGAAGGAUGAGAUAGCAGAGGUGACGAAUGAAAUUGACAACCUGGGCAUUACCAAAGAGAGGUAUGAUCUGUGUGUGUGUGUUUCCAUGUCUGUUAUUGUGAUUGUGUGUCACUCUACUGAGGAAUGUCCUGUGUCUGUGUGUUUUACCCUUUAUGUGUGUGUUCUACCCUUUGUGUGCGUUCUACCCUUUAUGUGCGUUCUACCCUUUAUGUGUGCGUUCUACCCUUUAUGUGUGCGUUCUACCCUUUAUGUGUGCGUUCUACCCUUUGUGUGUGUUCUACCCUUGACGUGUGUGUUCUACCCUUGACGUGUGUGUUUGUGUGCGUUCUACCCUUUAUGUGUGCGUUCUACCCUUUAUGUGUGCGUUCUACCCUUUGUGUGUGUUCUACCCUUGACGUGUGUGUUUGUGUGCGUUCUACCCUUUGUGUGUGUUCUACCCUUUGUGUGUGUUCUACCCUUUAUGUGGUGAUGGCUUUGGGUGUAGCGGAACUGCCCCUCCCUAUCUUCAGGCUAUGGUCAAACCCUACACCCAACCCAAUCACUCUGUUCUGCCACCUCUGGUCUCAAGGGCCGUCCCACCCCACUUGUCUUUUCCUACGUCUUUAUUGAGGAAAGAAUGACUCACUACUACUGUGAUAUGUGGUUGUCUCACCUAGCUAUCGUAAGAUGAAUGCACUAACUGUUAGUCGCUCUGGAUAAGAGCGUCUGCUAAAUGACUAAAAUGUAAAAAAUGUUGGGAGAGGGAGAAGAAUCAUCCUUAGUGAAGAGUCCCCAUACCCCCACCCAUGGUAUUGGUAAUGAUGUCAGUGAUCGGGUGUGUGUGUGUGGUGGUGUCUGUGUAUCUCCUUUAAGAGUGAAGGGUCUGGGCCAGUGGUUGCCUCGAAACUACAGACACCUGAAUGGGUUAAUGGGGCUGUUAACUGAGUGAUGGUCUUAAUAACAUGUAUGAAGUGUGUGUAUAAAGGCUUUAUAAAUGGUUUACAAAGAUUCUAUAAACAGUUUACAAAGAUUUUUCAGUCUGUUAUAAAGGCCAUUGGAAUUGUGUUUGAAGGUCCUAUGUAGUGUUUACGUAGGCUCUAUGAAUGUGUUAAACAGACUUCAUAACUGUGUUGUGGCUGUAGGAAAAGCAUGCAGAGAAACAAGCAGGUGUCCAUGGGCCGCAAGAAGUUCAACAUGGACCCCAAGAAGGUGAGAGAGAAACCCGAUCGCAAACCAGCCCCUAGCCCCCACUCUGUGCUAUGGUUGUGGUUCUGUGUUCUGAUUGGUUGUGUGUACCAUCAAUCAGGGGAUCCGGUUUUUGAUUGACAGCGGUCUGCUGAAGAACACCAGCGAUGACAUCGCCCAGUUCCUAUACAAAGGGGAGGGGCUUAACAAGACCGCCAUCGGAGACUAUCUGGGGGAGAGGUGAGAAACUGGUGGGUGGGUGGGUGAGCAACAUUGAGUGAGGAAGAGAGUGAGAGAGAUUGAUGGAUGACCUCUUAAGUGGGUUAAUGCAUUCUCAACUCAGUGAUAUUGAUUUGGCCCAUCUUCCCUAGAGACACACACACACACACACACACACACACACACACACACACACACACACAUUGGCCACAGAAAGGAGGUCAGUAUUAGGAGAUUAUAGAUUAUAUUUGGGUUUCUGGUUGCAGAGCUGUUCUCUGAGAAAUCUCACAAAUGUUUUGAAACAAGGAGAAACAGAAUGAACAGGAAAUGCUCAUUUCUGGUUUUAAAAUGUCCAUAAACCUGAAUACUGUCUGUUGGUAUGCGUUUUCUGUAGAAAUGACUUCAAUCUUGAGGUUCUACAUGCCUUUGUGGAGCUGCAUGAAUUCACAGACCUCAACCUGGUCCAGGCACUCAGGUAACAUACACACGCUCACCACACACACGCUCACCACACACACACACACACACACACACACACUCUUAUGAUUGCAUGUCCUCUCACCCAGGCAGUUCCUUUGGAGUUUCCGGUUGCCAGGCGAAGCUCAGAAGAUUGACAGGAUGAUGGAGGCGUUCGCCCAGAGAUACUGUCACUGUAACCCUGGGGUCUUCCAGCACAGCGGUAUAGAAAGGCCACCAUUCAGUCACACACACACGCAUACACACGCAUACACUAACCUUCCCGUCCCUGUCUGUGUUCCAGAUACGUGUUAUGUGUUGUCGUUUGCUGUAAUCAUGCUGAACACCAGUCUCCAUAACCCCAAUGUGAAGGACAAACCCUCCCACCAGAGAUUCACCGCCAUGAACAGAGGAAUCAACGAUGGAGGUGACCUGCCUGAGGACCUACUCAGGGUAACUAUCACACUCUAUACUAUCUGUAUGACUUUCUCCAUCCCUCUGUCCUUCUAGAAAGCUCUCUCUCUUCCCCUCCCUUUAUCUAUCUCUGUCUCUUCCACCCAUACUAUACUAGAGGUUGAGGACCUGGUCACACAUGAGAAACCAUCCUUUGUUUGCAGCAAACGUUCUCUCUCUCUCUCUCUCGCUCUCGCUCUCUCUAUUCAAUUGGCUUUAUUGGCAUGGGAAACGUAUGUUUACAUUGCCAAAGCAAGUGAAAUGGAUAAUAAACGAAAGUGAAAUAAACAAUAAAAAUGAACAGUAAACAUUACACUCACAAAAGUUCCAAAGGAAUAGAGACAUUUCAAAUGUCAUCAUAGCUAUAUACAGUGUUGAAACGAUGUGCAAAUAGUUAAAGUACAAAAGGGAAAAUAAAUAAACAUAAAUAUGGGUUGUGUUUACAAUGGUGUUUGUUAUUCACUGGUUGCCCUUUUCUUGUGGCAACAGGUCACAAAUCUUGCACCCAAUAGAUCAAUCAAAUCAAAUUAUAUUGGUGGCAUGCACAUAUUUAGCAGAUGUUAUUGCGGGUGUAGUGAAAUGCUUGUGUUCCUAGCUCCAACAGUGCAGUAGUAUCUAACAAUUCACAACAAUACACACAAAUCUAAAAGUAAAAUAAUGAAAUUAAGAAGUACAGUUGAAGUCGGAGGUUUACAUACACCUUAGCCAAAUACAUUUAAACUUUAAAUUGUUUAACUUGGGUCAAACGUUUCGGGUAGCCUUCCACAAGCUUCCCACAAUAAGUUGGGUGAAUUCUGGCCCAUUCCUCCUGACAGAACUGGUGUAACUGAGUCAGGUUUGUAGGCCUCCUUGCUCGCACACGCUUUUUCAGUUCUGCCCACAAAUGUUCUAUAGGCUUGAGGUCAGGGCUUUGUGAUGGCCACUCCAAUACCUUGACUUUGUUGUCCUUAAGACAUUUUGCCACAACUUUGGAAGUAUGCUUGGGGUCAUUGUCCAUUUAGAAGACCCAUUUGCGACCAAGCUUUAACUUCCUGACUGAUGUCUUGAGAUGUUGCUUCAAUAUAUCCAGAUGAUACCUUCAGGCAUUUGGAAAUUGCUCCCAAGGAUGAACCAGACUUGUGGAGGUCAACAAAUGUUCUUCUGAGGUCUUGGCUGGUUUCUUGUGAUUUUCCCAUGAUGUCAAGCAAAGGGGCACUGAGUUUGAAGGUAGGCCUUGAAAUACAUCCACAGGUACACCUCCAAUUGACUCAAAUGAUGUCAAUUAGCCUACCAGAAGCUUCUAAAGCUAUGACAUCAUUUUCUGGAAUUUUCCAAGCUGUUUAAAGGCACAGUCAACUUAGUGUAUGUAAACUUCUGACCCACUGGAAUUGUGUUAGUGAAUUAUAAGUGAAAUAAUCUGUCUGUAAACAAUUGUUGGAAAAAUGACUUGUGUCAUGGACAAAGUAGAUGUCCUAACCAACUUGCCAAAACUAUAGUUUGUUAACAAGAAAUUUGUGGAGUGGUUGAAAAACGAGUUUGAAACUUCCGACUUCAACUGUAUAUAAAUAUUAGGAUGAGCGAAGUGGCAUUGACUAAAAUACAGUAUAUACAGUGGGGAAAAAAAGUAUUUAGUCAGCCACACAUUGUGCAAGUUCUCCCACUUAAAAAGAUGAGAGAGGCCUGUAAUUUUCAUCAUAUGUACACGUCAACUAUGACAGACAAAAUGAGAAAAAAAAAUCCUGAAAAUCACAUUGUAGGAUUUUUUGUGAAUUUAUUUGCAAAUUAUGGUGGAAAAUAAGUAUUUGGUCAAUAACAAAAGUUUCUCAAUACUUUGUUAUAUACCCUUUGUUGGCAAUGACACAGGUCAAACGUUUUCUGUAAGUCUUCACAAGGUUUUCACACACUGUUGCUGGUAUUUUGGCCCAUUCCUCCAUGCAGAUGUCCUCUAGAGCAGUGAUGUUUUGGGGCUGUCGCUGGGCAACACGGACUUUGAACUCCCUCCAAAGAUUUUCUAUGGGGUUGAGAUCUGGAGACUGGCUAGGCCAGUCCAGGACCUUGAAAUGCUUCUUACGAAGCCACUCCUUCAUUGCCCGGGCAGUGUGUUUGGGAUCAUUGUCAUGCUGAAAGACCCAGCCACGUUUCAUCUUCAAUGCCCUUGCUGAUGGAAGGAGGUUUUCACUCAAAAUCUCACGAUACAUGGUACCAUUCAUUCUUUCCUUUACACGGAUCAGUCGUCCUGGUCCCUUUGCAGAAAAACAGCCCCAAAGCAUGAUGUUUCCACCCCCAUGCUUCACAGUAGGUAUGGUGUUCUUUGGAUGCAACUCAGCAUUCUUUGUCCUCCAAACAUGACGAGUUGAGUUUUUACCAAAAAGUUAUAUUUUGGUUUCAUCUGACCAUAUGACAUUCUCCCAAUCCUCUUCUGGAUCAUCCAAAUGCACUCUAGCAAACUUCAGAUGGGCCUGGACAUGUACUGGCUUAAGCAGGGGGACACGCCUGCACUGCAGUAUUUGAGUCCCUGGUGGCGUAGUGUGUUACUGAUGGUAGGCUUUGUUACUUUGGUCCCAGCUCUCUGCAGGUCAUUCACUAGGUCCCCCCGUGUGGUUCAGGGAUUUUUGCUCACCGUUCUUGUGAUCAUUUUGACCCCACGGGGUGAGAUCUUGCGUGGAGCCCCAGAUCGAGGGAGAUUAUCAGUGGUCUUGUAUGUCUUCCAUUUCCUAAUAAUUGCUCCCACAGUUGAUUUUUUCAAACCAAGCUGCUUACCUAUUGCAGAUUCAGUCUUCCCAGCCUGGUGCAGGUCUACAAUUUUGUUUCUGGUGUCCUUUGACAGCUCUUUGGUCUUGGCCAUAGUGGAGUUUGGAGUGUGACUGUUUGAGGUUGUGGACAGGUGUCUUUUAUACUGAUAACAAGUUCAAACAGGUGCCAUUAAUACAGGUAACGAGUGGAGGACAGAGGAGCCUCUUAAGGAAGAAGUUACAGGUUUGUGAGAGCCAGAAAUCUUGCUUGUUUGUAGGUGACCAAAUACUUAUUUUCCACCAUAAUUUGCAAAUAAAUUCAUAAAAAAUCCUACAAUGUGAUUUUCUGGAUUUUUUUUUCUCAAUUUGUCUGUCAUCGUUGACGUGUACCUAUGAUGAAAAUUACAGGCCUCUCUCAUCUUUUUAAGUGGGAGAACUUGCACAAUUGGUGGCUGACUAAAUACUUUUUUUCCCCACUGUACAUUGAAAUGAGUAAAGCAGUAUUUAAAGAUUAUUAAAGUGACCAGUGAUUCCAUGUCUAUGUAUAUAGAGCAGCAGCCUCUAAGGAGCAGGGUUGAGUAACCGGGUGGUAGUCGGCUAGUGAUGGCUAUUUAACAGUCUGAUGGCCUUGAGAUAGAAGCUGUUUUUCAGUCUCUUGGUCCCAGCUUUGAUGCACCUGUACUGACCUCGCCUUCUGGAUGAUAGCGGGGUGAACAGGCCGUGGCUUGGUUGGUGUUGGUUGAUGUCCUUGAUGAUCUUUUUGGCCUUCCUGUGACUUUGGCCGUUGUAGGUGCGCUGAAGGGCAGACAGUGUGCCCCCGGUGAUGCGUUGGGCCAACCGCACCACCCUCUGGAGAGCCCUGCGGUUGCGGGAGGUGCAGUUGCCGUACCAGGCGGUGAUACAGCCCGACAGGAUGCUUUCAAGUGUGCAUUUGUAAAAGUUUGUGAGGGUCUUUGGGGCCAAGCCACAUUUCUUCAGCCUCCUGAGGUUGAAGAGGUGCUGUUGCGCCUUCUUCACCACACUGUCUGUGUGGGUGGACCAUUUCAGAUUGUCAGUGAUUUGUACUCCGAGGAACUUGAAGCUUUUCACCCUCCACUGCGAUCCCGUCAAUGUGGAUAGGGGUGUGCUGUCUCCUGAAGUCCAAGAUCAGCUCCUUCGUUUUGUUGAGGGAGAGGUUAUUUUCCUGGCACGACUUGUUUUUGAAUUCUUUGUGGGUCUGUGUAAUCUGAGGAAAAUAUGUGUCUCUAAUAUGGUCAUACAUUUGGCAGGAGGUUAGGAAGUGCAGCUCACUUUCCACCUCAUUUUGUGGGCAGUCUCUCUCUCUCCAUAUCUCUCUCUCUCUCUCCAUAUCUCUCUCCCUCUCUUUCUCACUCCAUAUAUCUCUCACUCCAUAUCUCUCUCUCUCUCUCUCAAUUUAAUUCAAUUCAAUUUGCUUUAUUGGCAUGACGCAACAAUGUACAUAUUGUCAAAGCAUACUUUGGUGAUUAAAUGUACAAUAUUAACAUUGUUAAAAUAAUAAGAAUCAAGAUUGUCAACGGGACAAUCAGUAACAACAAUAAUCAAGGGGGAAAAAAACAUACAAUGGCAUAGAGGACAUGUGCAGGUUGGUUGGCCUGUACUUUGUCAAGGUUUUUCUAAGGUUUUGAUUAGUAACCAUGGUCAAAUAGUUUGCCAUGGUGUACUGUCGAUUUAGGGCCAGAUAGUACUGCAUUUUGCUUUGUGCUUGUAUUUACCUAAUAGGUAAUGUAGUUUUGUUUUGACUGUGUUGUAAUUUGGUUUAUUCUGAUUCAUUGGAUCUUUGGUCCUGAGGCUUCAGUGUGUUAGUAAAACAGGUUUGUGAACUCAGGACCAGCUGGAUGAGGGGACUCUUUGCUCAGCUCUUGGCAUUGCAGGGCUUGGUAAUGAUAUGAGAGGGGGUCACUGUAUUUUAGAUGUUUCCAAAACUUAAUUGCUAUUUGUUUGUAGUUUUCCCCUGUACAAUCUUACAGAACUCUGCAUGCAGGGUUUCAAUGGGGUGUUUGUCCCAUUGGGUGAAAUCUUGUUUUGCAAGUGGACCCCACACCUCGCUGCCAUAAAGUGCAAUUGGUUCAAUGACACAUUACAUUCGUUUUAGCCAAAUUUUAAUAGGUAUUUACAUUUGAAUUUGUUUUUUAAUGGCGUAGAAUGCCCUGUGUGCUUUCUCUCUCAGUUCAUUCACUGCCUCAUUUAGGUGUCCAGUUGAGCUUAUUUUUAAACCUAAGUAAUUCUAGUGUGUGCAGUACUCAAUAUAUUUUGUACCAAUUGAGAACUUUGGUCUAAUUCCCUGAGAUCUGGAUCUUCUCUGGAAAAUGCAUUAUUUUUGUCCUAUUUGGUUAUACUGCCAGGGCCCAGGUCUGGCAGUACUGCUCUAGCAGGUCCAGGCUCUGCUGUAGGCCAUGUGCUGUGGGUGACAGCAGGCACAGGUCAUCUGCGAAGAGCAGGCAUUUAACCUCUGAAUUGUGGAGACUAACAUCAGGGGCUGAGGAUUGUUCUAGAAUAGUGGCCAAUUCGUUGAUGUAAAUAUUGAAGAGCGUGGGGUUCAGAUUGCAACCCCGCCUCUGGUUAAAUAAUUAUGUUAUUUUCUUGCCAAUUUUUAUGCUGCACGUAGUAUUGCCAGUUGAUUUAUUGAUUUAAUAAUGUUGUAUGUUUUACCCCCUACACCGCUUUCAAAAACUUCCGGUCCUGUAUGCAAAAUAGAAUCAAAUGCAUUUUUGAAGUCGAUAAAGCAAGUGUACAUUUUGGUAUUAUUUUGGUGGACAUGUUUAUCUAUCAGGGUGUGUAGGGUGUAAAUAUGAUUGGUCGUGCGACGUUUUGGUAUAAAUCCAAUUUGGCUUUUACUCAAGACAUUGUGCUUAUUAAGGAAGUUUAGAACUCUUAUAAUACUACAGAAAACCUUCCUCAGGCUACUGUUCACAGAAAUGCCUCUGUAAUUGUUAGGGUCAAAUCUGUCCCUGUUCUUAAAGAUUGGGGCUAUGAGUCCUUGAUUCCAGAUGUCAGGAAAAUAACCUACAGUCAGGAUCAAAUUAAACAGUUUUAAUAUAGCGAAUUGAAAUUUUGCACUAGUGAAUUUGAGCAUCUCAUUUAGGAUGCCAUCAGGUCCGCAUGCUUUUUUUAAUUUGAGUGCCUGAAGUUUCUUAUAGAGCUCCUGGUCAGUAAUUGGGGUGUCCAAUGGAUUUUGAUUGUUCUUUUAUAGUUUUUUCUAAUCCAUUCAACUUCUCAUGAAUUUGGCAUUGUUCUGCGUUUGCAUCAGUUUGAACGGUGUUGUAGAGUGUUUUAAAAUGGGUUGUCCAUAUGUCACCAUUUUGUAUUGCUAAUUCCUCUAGUUUUUCCAAUUUUGCCAGAAGUUGUUUGUGUUUAUGGACUCCUCAAUUAGUGUCAGCUGCUUGCUGUUGUACUGGGCUUUUUUGGUUCUGAGUAUAUGUUUAAAGAGUUUUAAAGUCUCACAGUAAUGAAGGCAUAAUUCACCAUUAUUUGGGUCUCUGUGCUUUUGGUUGGAUAGUUGUCUAAGUUUUUUCCUUAUAAUUUUACAAUCUGCAUCAAAACAGUUGUCAUCUGUGGUCUUUUUUGGUUUGUUUUUUAUUAAUUUCAGUUGUGCUUCUUUUGCCGUUUGCCUGACUAUAUUGUUGAUGUUUUUUACUGCCAGAUUGAUGCCUUCUUUACUGUGAGUGGAUGUGGUAUCCAGAAAGCUAUCUAAGAGUGUUUGGAUUUUUUCUCUUGCUCUCUCGCUCUCUCUCGCUCUCUCUUUCCAUAUCUCGCUCCAUAUCUCUCUCUCUCCAUAUCCCCCUCUCUCCAUCUCUCUUUCUCUCUCCAUCUUUUUCUCUCUCUCCAUAUCUCACUGUAACUCUCUCCAUAUCUCUUGCUCUCUCCCUCGCUCUCUCUCGCCAUAUCUCUUUCUAUCGCUCUCUCUCAAUUCAACUCUCUCUCCAUAUCUCUCUCUCCAUAUCUCUUUCUCAAUUCAAUUAAACUCUCUCUCUCCAUCUCUUUCUAUCUCUCCCUCACUCACUCUCUCUCUCAAUCUCUUUCUCCAUAUCUCUCUCUCUCUCUCUUUCCAUAUCUCUCUCUCUCUCCAUAUCUCUCUCUCUCCAUACCUCUCUCUCUCUCCAUAUCUCACUGUAUCUCUAUCCCUCUCUCUCUCGCUCUCUCCCUCGCUCUCUCUCUCGCCAUAUCUCUCUCUAUCGCUCUCUCUCUCAAUUCAACUCAAUCUAUAUCUCUCUCUCCAUAUCUCUCCCUCUCCAUAUCUCUCUCCAUAUCUCUCUCUCUCCAUAUUUCUCUCUUUCCAUAUCUCUUUCUCUCCGUAUCCCCCUCUCUCUAUAUAUAAAUAUAUAUAUAUAUAUAUCUCUCUCUCUCUCUCUCUCUCUGUCUCUGUCUCUCUGUGUCUGUCGUCUGUCUGUCUGUCUGUCUGUAGAACCUGUAUGAGGGUAUAAAGAAUGAGCCCUUUAAGAUCCCAGAGGAUGAUGGGAAUGACCUCACACACACUUUCUUCAACCCCGACCGGGAGGGUUGGCUACUCAAACGAGGUGAGAGAGUCAACUUUGCUGUAAAAGUCUAGUAGAGCACAGGACAGCUAGUUUUAUUAAUGCUUCUACUCCCUCGGGUGGACAGAUGUAGAACUACACUCUCCUGUUUGGCCUUCUCAUUCAUACCAAGAAUAUAGCCUAUAUAAUGAGUAUAAAAAUAUAUAAUGGGUAUAAGUAUUUAUGACUCAAUGUAGUUUGACUUUGUGUUUUUUCUUCCUCAUUUGUUUUGGGUGAUUUUGGUCUCCAGGAGGUAUGUAAAUAUGUAUGGAUUGGAAACCUGACGCCUCGAUCACACCGACAGCGUCAUUGCAUUUUGGUACACCAGAAGUACAUUCAUUUCCGAUGGGAAUGCUGCGUUUGCCUUGCAGCAUUGCAUUGCAGAGGCAGUUGCAGUGCGUUCUGUGUGGUGCAUACGUUGGAUUUAUCGAACGUAUGCGUCAAACUGUAUGCGUAGACGGCUUGACAGAAAUGGUAGCAGAAGGUGAAUGUUGAACUUUGUUGCACACAUAUCCAGAUGAUUCUGCAUACUAUUUUGCGCAAUAAUACUAUCGGUGUGAUCAAGGCGUUACCCUCCUCAGCCUCUGUGCUUUGCUUCAUGGUACUGCUUCCUAUACUCUGCCAUGCUACCCAAAGCUUUGUCCAAUGAAAAUCUACUGUUAACUAUGAUUUCAUUAUAAAGAAUGAAAGAAUUGUUGGUAAAAUGGGAUUUAUCUGCUCUUUAAUCUGUGCAAGAUGUCAUUGACCUCAACGCAAAUAACCUUUAAACCUAACCCUACCAUCCAAUCAGUAUCUCAACCAUAGAGAUAUAUAGAGGACUCUAGUGCUCAAAAUCCAGUUUCAGCGCGGGCAGCGCCAUUGAGGACUACCAUUUUGAAUUAGUCAACUGGGUGGGACUUCCUAUGGGUUAAGGAAGGAUCACAUAAUUCCAUCCGGGUCAUCAGGAGGGAUCAGCCAAUUAAUUAUACUUGUGAGCAAACGUUCCAUAACUGCAGGUGGCAGUAAAUCGCCAACCUUGGCUUUAUACCAGUUCAAGUAACACACUCCAGGUGGCAGUAUGCAAACUUUUAGUUUGUUUACCAACUCAUAGAAGUAGUAGAAGAAGAAUAUGUACUACUUCAAAAUAGAGAUGGCCUCAAUGGCGCUGCCUGUGCGCUCACAGACGCCAUAAUGGGACAGAUACAAAGAAGACUCCUCUAUCAUUCUGUAUGAUCUCAACUAAUGCAUUGCAUUCAUGGUCGACUUUGUUGCCGUCAUGCUGUGUCUUCUGAGAAGCAUGACUGCAUUAAAGACGACUUGGAACGCGUCCAUAGGCUCCUUCCUGGUACUGGCUGUCUGUGCUGCCAUCUGUCUGUCUGGACCGUCUAGGGGCACCUUUUAAUCUGUGCAUUUUGCUUGUUCUGACCCUUUCAUUUUAUGAAUCCUGAUUGAACUCUGACCUUUAACCUCUAACCCCCUCAGGAGGGCGCGUGAAGACGUGGAAGAGACGAUGGUUCAUCCUCACAGACAACUGCCUGUACUACUUUGAGUACACUACUGUGAGUUGUUUUCUCUCUCUGUCUAUUCCUCGCUCUUUUUCUGUUAUGCUUUUUUCUCCAUUACAUUCAAUGUACCAGUUGUGAGCUGUAAUGCUCUCUCCUUGUUUCUUUCUCCUGGUUUCUCUCUCCUGGUUUCUCCUCCCUCCCUCUCUCCAGGAUAAGGAGCCUAGGGGUAUCAUCCCUCUGGAGAAUCUGAGUAUUAGAGAGGUGGACGACUCCAAGAAAGCAGUAAGUUACUCUCUCUUUCCCUGUGCUCUUUCUCCAGCUUUUCUCCCUGUUUCCUUUUAGAAGCCUUCUGAGUCACAUCUCUCUCUCUCUCUCUCUCUCUCUCUCUCUCUCUCUCUCUCUCUCUCUCUCUCUCUCUCUCUCUCUCUCUCUCUCUCUCUCUCUCUCUCUCUCUCUCUCUCUCUCUCUCUCUCUCUCUCUCUCUCUCUCUCUCUCUCUCUCUCUCUCUCUCUCUCUCUCUCUCAGAACUGUUUUGAGCUGUUCAUCCCAGACCACAGGGAUCAGGUGAUCAAGGCGUGUAAGACCGAGGCGGACGGACGUGUUGUCGAGGGCAACCACACCUUCUAUCGAAUCUCCGCCCCCACAGCCGAGGAAAAGGAGGAGUGGAUCACCAGCAUCAAGUGAAUUCUUGGCGGUGUCCCAAUAACCUCUCCUUCUUCCUGAAGUGUACAUACAUUCACAUUGGAUUGGUGUAGGCAUGGGCUAGAGGGACUUUCCAUAUACCAGUCAUUUACUUUCAAAUCCAUUCAGGGAAGUGAACAAGUGCACACUUUGGGAGAAAGGAGAGAGUUUUGGGACUAAAGUCUUAUUUCUUACUUCCAAGUCAUGUCCUAUCCUUCCUCUAUGCGAUCCUGCUCUAGUAUCAUGCCAAAAAUGAAAAUUCAUAUUGCUCUCCCCUCUCUUAAUGUAGAAAAGCCAUCAGCAGGGACCCCUUCUACGAGAUGCUGGCAGCCCGGAAGAAAAAGGUGUCUGCCCUGACAAGCCUGUAGGAAAGACCCAGGCUCCAGCACUUCAGCAGGAGGAGCAGGCCUCACUCUACUCUACAACCCAGUGUUUGUGCCCAUGGACCUGAACUAA